AUGAGUGUAGAUUAUCUGCUACACGAAAGUCCUGUCGGCUAUGCCGUCUUCAAGGUCAUCCUCCAGCCCGACACCAUUGGCAGCCGCCUCGCCGAAGUGCAGAAGGCCGUGCAAGACCUCGAUAAAUUUGGAAAGACGGUAGAGCUCGUCGGCCUUGCGCCAUUCCAGGGAACCCAGGAUGCGCUCUCUGAGAUCAACGAUGUCUCAGAAGGCAUCAUGUCCGACUUCCUGCGGGCCACACUCGAGACGAACCUCCCCAAGGCUGGAAAGAAGAAGACCAUCACUCUCGGAGUGAGCGAGAGGAACUUGGCGGGUAGCAUCAAGUCUGCCUUCCCCCACCUGGCCUGCGAAACCAGCGACACCUCUGAAGUCGUCUCUGAUCUGCUCCGUGGCCUGCGCCAGCACAGCGGCAAGCUGAUCAAGAAGCUUCAGCCGGGUGACAUUGACCGUUCCAUCCUCGGUCUGGGACACGCCUACUCCCGAGGAAAGGUCAAGUUCAGCGUUCAGAAGCAGGACAACCACAUCAUCCAGGCGAUCGCAACGCUCGACCAGAUCGACAAGGAUCUCAACACCUUCUGCAUGAGGCUGAGGGAGAACUAUGGCUGGCACUUCCCCGAGCUCGCCAAGAUUGUCAACAGCAACGAACAAUAUGCCAAGGUCGUCUUGCAGAUUGGCGACAAGUCACGCUUGAGCGAUGAGGACCUCCACGAGCUCGCUGCUGUCGUCGAUGACGACGAGAGUGUUGCGCAAGCAAUCAUCAACGCUGCGAGGACCUCCAUGGGUCGCGAUCUGUCUGCAGCUGACAUGGAGAUUGUUAUGGCUUUCGCAAAGAGAACCGCUUCUCUAGCGGCCUACCGCAAGCAGCUCAGCAACUACCUUGGAAGCCGCAUGAACCAGGUUGCUCCUAACCUGGCUGCCCUGAUCGGUGACACCGUCGGUGCGCGUCUUAUCUCCAAGGCCGGUUCUUUGACCAACCUUUCGAAAUACCCUGCCAGUACCGUUCAGAUCCUCGGUGCCGAGAAGGCUCUGUUCAGAGCUCUCAAGACCAAGGGAAACACCCCCAAGUACGGUCUGAUCUACCACAGUUCGUUCAUCGGCCGCACUGGUCAGAAGUCAAAGGGAAGAAUCUCGCGUUUCCUUGCCAACAAGUGCUCUAUUGCCUCCAGAAUCGACAACUUCUCUGAGACUCCAACAUCCAAGUUCGGUGAAGCUCUCAAGCGCCAGGUCGAUGAGCGCAUUGAAUUUUACGCAUCCGGUGCCCCUCCUGCUAAGAACGCGGCGGUCAUGCAAGCUGCCAUGAACUCGGUUCUGGCUGACAUUGGCAUUGAAGACCCCACCGCAACUGCUACCGAGGAUGUUGAGAUGGCUGAUGGCGUCACCGCAGCUGCGACUGAGCAGGCUGUGCGCAAGGAGAAGAAGGACAAGAAGAAGUCCAAGAAGUCGGGUGACGACGAGGUUUCCGAGAAGAAGUCCAAGAAGGAGAAGAAGCGAAAGGCAGGGGACGAGGAGGAUGGCGAAAAGAAGAAGAAGAAGAAGAGCAAGGCGUGA